CAUGAAACUGAAACCUGUAAAGUUCCAAUCCAGAUUCCAGAUCAGACAAUACACUUACGGCGUCGUUAUUUUGUAAAAAAAAAAAAUUCUUCCGUUUAUUAAUUAUUAAUAAUAAUUGUGUAUAGUUUAUAAUAUACCAAAUAAGUGUUUUUUAUUUCAAAUAUUGACUAAAAAAAAUUCUAUCAAGUUUUACAACAAUGAAAAAAGUUCAAAAAAGAAUGAGCAAGUCCAAGGAAUCUCCAUCUUCUGACAACGAGGCUGAAGAAGAAUUCAGCGUAGAGAAAGUUCUGGAUAGACGAGUUGUUAAGGGCAAGGUUGAGUAUUUUCUUAAAUGGAAAGGUUACUCAAACGAUGAAAACACAUGGGAACCCGAAGAAAACUUGGAUUGCCCUGACUUGAUCGCCCAAUUUGAGGAACAACGAAAAAAGAAAGAAGCUGCUGCCAGUAACAAACGGCAUGAAGAAAAAGAUUCAAAAAAACGAAAAAGUUCAAGUACUCCGACACCAACUCACGCCAAAAAAAAGAUGACAGAUGACAAGGAUAAAAAACCUGAAGGAUUUGACAGAAACCUUGAACCUGAACGUAUCAUCGGUGCCACUGAUUCAAGUGGAGAACUUAUGUUCCUUAUGAAGUGGAAAGGUACGGAGGAUGCUGACCUAGUCGCAGCACGUGUUGCAAAUGAAAGGUGUCCACAAAUUGUCAUUAAAUUUUACGAAGAAAGACUAACAUGGCAUAGCCCGACGCAUGAUGAAGAGGGUUCCAACAAACCUGAUCCUGAGUAGCACUCAGAUUAUCGAUUUUACACAGCACUUUAAAAUAUGUCACAUUUAGUAAUCUCAAAUAAUAAAAAUAAAAAAGAAAAAAAAAUAAAUAUAAGAUAAAAAGACAAGAGAUUAUUCAUUUGAAUUAAUAUUGAGAUAUGAGAGAUUACUAGACAAAAAUCGUUAUUUUCUAUGGUUUACUUUAACUUAAAUAAGUAUAAGACUUUUUUUAGUGUAAUGUGGUAAUGUCAUUAUUAGCUUAUCUAAUAAAUACAACACUCAAAUAUUUUCAUAAUUAACAAUAGCAUUUUACUUUAUUUUUAGUUUUAUUUUUGGUUAUGCACACAUCGUUUAUAUGUAAUAAGAAAAAAUGAACCAACAGCCACAUGACACAUUUAAAUAUUCAUAACAAUAUAUGACAAAUUGAAUAGUUUAUAUUUGUAAGUCUUUAUCAUAAAAAAAGAAAAGUUUCAUUAUAAGAAAAGAUGAAUACAGUAGAAUUAAACAUUUAAAAAGUCAGUUAAAAUUCAGUUUUAAAACGUUAUUUAAUUGUCAAAAUCUUAUAAUAUUUUGAUUAAUGUUACAAAAAUUCGUUUGUAUUUAAUAUUACAAUCUACUGUACAAAAUUAUAAUAAACAAUUUCAAAAUA